AGAGCGCAGCAGCUGCUGGCAGCGGAGGAGAGCCCGGGGGUGAGCGGGGAUCAUCGGGACCGGGUGUCAUUGCACGGGGGCCGGCCUUACAUCUGUGCCCUGCAAGGGCCCGAGCUGGGGUGGGUUAAUCAGCCCCCGCUGCUGGCAUUGCCCCGGAGUCCAGCCACAACCCUCCCCGCUCCAUGCAACACCAGCAGCCAGCAUUGAGGGGCUGCGGGAAGUUUGGGGAGUUGCAUCCUUUGCAUUAGAGAAGUUGCAUCCUCUGCAUUAGAGAAGCUGCAUCCUCUGCAUUAGAUAAGUUGCAUCCUCUGCAUUAGAGAAGCUGCAUCCUCUGCAUUAGAUAGGCUGCAUCCUCUGCAUUAGAUAGGGUGGUUGGUAUAUUAAUGGCAUUGCCAGCUGGGGGUCCUCAGGAGGAGGGCAGGGGACCUGACUGCUGACCACCAUCUCAUAGACUCUACACCAUGUCUUGUCCAGACACAAUGAAGUCCUGAGCUCCCACCACGGAUCAUACAGAGGAGAGCAAUGUCCUUCUGCAAAGUUACACCUCAGUACCUAUCUGCUUUCCUGUGGAGCCUACAAGCUCUGGGAGACAUGGUCAGCCCAGAGACCUCAGCUGGUCAGAAGAUCUGGGCGUAGAUGGCAGUGGAUGUACAGUAGCCCACAUCACCCCAAGACUACACUGGAUGAUAGUGAAUGUACGAUAAGGCACAGAGGUGCUGAAGAGCUGGGUAAGGUCUAUCAGUAAUGUACUGUACCCAUUAUAUGCAAAAGCCAAUUGUCAGCAACCAACACAUGAGAUGUUUGGCUAGACAGAUGUCCCAGCUGAUGGCUACCAGUAUGGAACCAGCACCAAUCCCUACUUGGGACACCAGGAAUUUAACCUGACAGCCAUCCUUCAUUAAUACGGUGAGAUAUGGUCCUAGACGAAUCAAGACCAUGGAGCUGGGUUAAUGUUCUUUUUCUGUUCUUACUAAUUUAUCAGUACAGAGAGAGAUGUCUAACUAGGCAUCCUCUUUUUAUUCUGGCACAAGUGGGCACAUCUGGUUCCUUGCCAAUUAGCUGGCAUUAUGUAAACUUCAGAGAUCAUUUUAGAUCUUUCAGAAAAUCCAGAGAUGUCUUCAGGUAAGCCUUCCAGCUAAGUGUACUACAGAACAUAGAGAUCAUGUUUUCUACACGCACAUUGGAUGGUAUUUGAAAGUAAAGUUGAUUAUUGGAUCUCUGCCACCUGAAUGAACACACUGGAUUAGCAGAUACACCUUGAGAUCGGUGUCCUACUAAUUGCUGCCCAGGGGCAGAGAAUGGCUUGUCGAUGUGGCUGUUGCUGUGGUUUUAGUCACCUGAAUGAAGACAAUGGUCGGUUCCUCUUGUUGGCAAUACUGAUUAUCCUUUACUUGCUUUGUGGAGCUGCGGUAUUCUCAGCCAUUGAGCAACCCAAAGAGAAAGAAGCCAAGGAAAGAUGGCAGCACAAGUUUGACAACUUCACACAGAAAUACAACCUCAGCAAAAGCGACCUUCGCAGCUUCCUCCGGGAAUAUGAGGAGGCCAAUGUAGCUGGAAUUAGGGUGGAUGCCAUUAGACCGAGGUGGGAUUUUACUGGAGCAUUCUACUUUGUUGGAACCGUAGUCUCAACAAUUGGGUUUGGAAUGACUACGCCAGCCACCAUCACCGGCAAAAUCUUCCUCAUCUUCUACGGACUCAUCGGAUGUGCAGCCACCAUCUUGUUCUUUAAUCUGUUUCUGGAACGCUUGAUUACGGUCAUUGCUUACAUCAUGAAAUCCUUCCACGAGAGGCAGCUGAGGAGAAAGGAAGGCUUGCCUCCUGAAACGCGUCGGGGGUCUGCCAACUCGGAAGUGGACAGUCUAGCCGGGUGGAAGCCAUCUGUGUAUCACGUGAUGGUCAUCUUGUGCAUGGCGUCCAUUAUUAUUUCCUGCUGUGCCUCCGCCAUGUACUCCCCCAUUGAAGGAUGGGGAUAUUUUGACUCCCUUUACUUUUGUUUUGUUGCCUUCAGCACGAUAGGUUUUGGCGACAUGGUCAGCAGCCAAAAAUCCAAAUAUGAGAACCAAGGUCUCUACCGAUGCGGCAAUUUCAUCUUUAUAUUUAUGGGUGUAUGCUGUAUUUAUUCCUUAUUCAAUGUCAUCUCUAUAGUCAUCAAACAAUGUGUGAAUUGGAUAUUAAGGAAGUUAGACUGCCAGAGGUGCCACAGCUGCCAAAGAAAAAUAUUUAGGUCCAAGAGGAAUGUGGUCAUGCCAGGAAACGUCCGGACUAGACGAAACAUCUCUAUAGAAACAGACGGCGUUUACGAGAGCGAGACAGACGGGAGGAGGAUGUCCGGGGAGAUGAUCUCCAUGAAAGACUUCCUGGCCUCCAAUAAGGUCUCCUUGGCCAUCAUGCAGAAGCAGCUCUCGGAGACGGCGAAUGGUUGCCCGAGGCAGAUUGGAACAAGUUCUCGGCACAAUGGCUUCUCAGGCGGUGUGGGGGCAUUAGCCAUCAUGAAUAACAGACUCGCAGAGACUAGUGUGGACAGGUGAAUGUUCUAGGUGAAGAGACUGAAAACUGGGGUGUCCGGUCACAAUCCCCAAAUGUUCUGUCAUUUAUUUGUUGCAGGGGAGCGUGAUACAUUGUGUCUGUUGUUCCAGAGUAUUGUUCAAUUACACUCAGACAAAGCAACACUUAGGGCUAAAUGGGUGCGAGCAGCCGCAGGUGCGGGAGUCUGUGCGGGAAUACCUGUAUUUUUAAAGUAGAAAUCAUUUACCGGGUUGGCUUUGCCGUGUAAAUGAUUGCCACUUUAAAAAUACGGGCAUUCCCGCACCUCCGCUUCUCGCACCCUAUUACAUUGAGCCCUAAUGGGCCUUACACACUGAUAGAUUUGUGCAAUAUGCAAGAUGAACGAUUUGAAAGAUGAACGAUUUUUUGCUUACACACUGAACAAUGUCUAUGGCCGAUGUGGACGAUAUGACAUUACAUUCAUCAAUAUCGUCCAGAUUGGCUUGCAUGUUUGAACGAUGAUCAAUCAACAAUGAACGACUGGGGGGCCGCGCAUCGUUGUUGCACACACACUGAAAGAUAUGAAUGAUUUAUCAUUCAUUUUUGAAGGAUAUCUUUCAUAUCUUUCAAAGAUAUCGCCCAGUGUGUAGGGCCCUUAAGUCUGAUCAUCAAUUUUGACACCUUCUGAUAAUGUUAUCGGCAUAUACACGCCCUCCAGUAACUUUUUCAUUACAUGAAUCCACAUGGUAGAUGCAGCUGUAUCCACAGAGAUAUCAGAUAGCUCUGCCAAGAAUUUUUAAAGGAUUUGGUGAAAAAUACCGGAGCAAAAAAAAAAAGAAAAACAUUUUGGCAAAAGUUGCAUUGGGGCUGGAAUUUUACAGACUAAAUAGUUCAGGUUAUCAGAAGGUUUAAGCACAGUUAGUUGCCAGGUGGUGUUUCAGUGCCCGGUGAUAUCUCCCAUCCCUGGAAGUAUCAGGAACGUUUAGUCACCUAAUUCCGAUGUCACAUUACCAGACUUUACCUGUUAUGUAACAUUAGCGCCAUCUUUAUGUCUGUGCGGGCAAUAAGGAACCCGUGGCUUUGAACAGUAUGGUUAAAUUGUGUUGAAGAAAAAGAUUGAUGGAGAAUCAGGAUGGAGAAUCAAUAGGGCUCGCACUUCACAAAUUCCGGACAGUUUAAAUUCAAUAUAUUUGCGUAGAAGCCAAACCAUCAUUUUGAAUUUGGUUCACAUUUUUACAAAAAUUGAGUUGUUGAUUUCUUGAGACUAUGGCGGAACUACCGGUGGUGCCUCCGCUAUGGCCGGAGAAGGGGGGGUGGGGUUUGUGGGUGUAGGGAAUAGUAUACUCACUGAACCAACACUGACUCCGCCCACUAUUAUCUGAGAGCAAGCAUAAUCAAGCCAAAACAGCAGAUGGGGAUGAGAGAUUGUGUCGCUGGACCCCCCAACCAAAUUGUUAUGUGGUCCACUGAUAUUCUACCUCCCUGGGUUGGCCAGAAUAGCAUUGGAGUGACACAGGAGGAGAAGGAGGAUUAUUAUCUGAUGACUGGAAGUAAUAAUAAGUAUAAUUAUUCCUCUGUAGAUGGUCCAGCUACAUAUUCCUGUGUUCCUCAGGACAGGGGUGGAUUGGAACUUGAAGUCCCCCUAGAAAAAUAUCAUGAAAGUCAUAUGUAGGCGUUGACCAAAUCAACUAUAGACGAGGCCAACACAAAGCAGACAAGGUUAAACUAAAUGUUCACUAACAUAAAAUCAUAUUGCCUCUGCCUACCUGUAACUAAACUUUAGAGAACCCCAGUGACCAAUAUAAAAUAAAAACCUUAAUUUAGUGACCAAUAAACAAAAUAGACAGCAUUCUAGUGAGCAGUAUACAAUACAGAGAACAUUCUAGUGAUCAGCAUACAAUACAUAGAGCAUACUAGUGAGCAGUAUACAAUACAGAUAUAAUUCUAGAGAGCAGUAUUAAAUACAGAGAGCAUUCUAGUGAGCAGUAUACAAUACAGAGAACAUUCUAGUGAGCAGUAUACAAUACAGAGAACAUUCUAGUGAACAGUAUACAAUACAGAGAUCAUUCUAGUGAUCAGUAUACAAUACAGAGAACAUUCUAGUGAGCAGUAUACAAUACAGAGAACAUUCUAGUGAACAGUAUACAAUACAGAGAUCAUUCUAGUGAUCAGUAUACAAUACAGAGAACAUUCUAGUGAGCAGUAUACAAUACAGAGAACAUUCUAGUGAGCAGUAUACAAUACAGAGAGCAUGCUAGUGAGCAGUAUACAAUACAUAUAGCAUACUGGUGAGCAGUAUAUAAUACAGAGAGCAUGCUAGUGAGCGAUAUACAAUACUGAGAACAAUCUAAUGAGCAGUAAUCAAUACAGAGAACAUGCUAGUGAGCGAUAUACAAUACUGAGAACAAUCUAAUGAGCAGUAUACAAUACAGAGAACAUACUAGUGAGUAGUAUACAAUACAGAGAGCAUGCUAGUGAGAAGUAUACAAUACCGAGAAGAUUCUAGUGAGCAGUAUACAAUACAGAGAACAUUCUAGUGAUCAGUAUACAAUACAUAGAGCAUACUAGUGAGCAGUAUACAAUACAGAUAUAAUUCUAGAGAGCAGUAUUAAACACAGAGAGCAUUCUAGUGAGCAGUAUACAAUACAGAGAACAUUCUAGUGAGCAGUAUACAAUACAGAGAACAUUCUAGUGAGCAGUAUACAAUACAGAGAACAUUCUAGUGAACAGUAUACAAUACAGAGAACAUUCUAGUGAUCAGUAUACAAUACAGAGAACAUUCUAGUGAGCAGUAUACAAUACAGAGAACAUUCUAGUGUGCAGUAUACAAUACAGAGAGCAUGCUAGUGAGCAGUAUACAAUACAUAGAGCAUACUAGUGAGCAGUAUAUAAUACAGAGAGCAUGCUAGUGAGCGAUAUACAAUACUGAGAACAAUCUAAUGAGCAGUAUACAAUACAGAGAACAUACUAGUGAGUAGAAUACAAUACAUAGAGCAUGCUAGUGAGAAGUAUACAAUAUCGAGAAGAUUCUAGUGAGCAGUAUACAAUACAGAGAACAUUCUAGUGAGCAGUAUACAAAACCGAGAACAUUCUAGUGUGCAGUAUACAAUACAGAAAACAUUCUAGUGAGAAGUAUACAAUACCGAGAACAUUCUAGUGUGCAGUAUACAAUACAGAAAACAUUCUAGUGAGAAGUAUACAAUACCGAGAACAUUCUAGUGUGCAGUAUACAAUACAGAAAACAUUCUAGUGAGAAGUAUACAAUACCAAGAACAUUCUAGUGAGAAGUAUACAAUACUAAGAACAUUCUAGUGAGCAGUAUACUAUACAGAGAACAUUCUAGUGUGCAGUAUACAAUACAGAAAACAUUCUAGUGAGAAAUAUACAAUACCGAGAACAUUCUAGUAAGCAGUAUACAAUACAGAGAACAUUCUAGUGUGCAGUAUACAAUACAGAGAACAUUCUAGGGAACCGUAUACAAUGCAGAGAGUAUGCUAGAGAGCAGUAUUAUACCCAGAACAUACAAGUGGGCAGUAUACAAUACAGAGAGCAUGCGAAGGACUUCAGUACAUUAAAUAUCCCAGUAUUUGAUAGAUCAAGUGCAUUCUAGUGACAAAUAUACAAUCCAUUGUAAAAUAAAGACUGCAGUCUAGUUACAACCAUACAAUACAGAGAGCAUUCUAGUGAGUACUGCACAAUACAACAAGCAUCCUAAUGACCAACAUACAAUAUAGAUAGUUUUAAAAAUGUAAAAUAUGGACUGCACACACACACACACACACACACACACACACACACACACACACACACACACACACACACACACACAAUACAAUGCAGUAAAUCUACAAAACAGACAGUAUCCUAAUGACCAUUAGAUAAUACAGAGAAAAUCUUACUGACAACCAUACAAUGUAGAGAGCACUCAGUUGUCAAAUACAGACUAUCCUAGUGACAUCCGUACAAUACAGAGAGCAUUAUAGAGUAAAAUAAAGACGUCAUCUUAGUGGUUAUGAUACAAUACAGAGAUCAUAUUAGUGUGAAAUACAGACUUCAUCCUAGUGACAAACAUCCAUUACAGAGAGCAUUCUAGUGAAUGCUAAACAAUACAGAGAGCAUUGUAAUGGACCAGUCCACAAGUAUCCCAAUUGCGCCAUGAAUGCAACUUACUGGGGUCCAGUCUUUUAAUAGGAACCAAAAGCAUGGGAUAAUAGUGUUCAUCCUCUUUCUCCCUCCUCUAUUCACCUCAGGCUUGUGAGGCUAAGACACCAGCAUAGUGAGUGCUGAGCCCUGACUAGAGGGGCAGAGUGCCUGGGUGCUGUAGUGCAUGCGCGGCCUCAGCGAUACUCUGGAGGUGACAGUCCGACAAUAGGCCAGCAUCCCUUGCUGGUUAUACACCAUCAAUGGGAAAAGCAACAAGUGAGGGGAUGGGAGAGGUUCAGCCGUUGCCUGGCACAAAUCAGGUGAAGGAGUUGACUGGCCACCAGCAUUCAGGGAAAUUACAGGGUGGACCCCAAAGAGUAUGUGCUGACAACUGCCCUCCAACACACACACACACACAUGCGCACACACACACACACACACACACACACACACGCCAACACUCUUCCGACACUCCUCCGACACUCUUCCGACACUCCUCCAGCACUCCUCCAACACUCUUCCAACACUCUUCCAACACUCCUUCAACACUCUUCCAACACUCUUCUGACACUCAUCCGACAUUCCUUCAACACUCUUCCAACACUCCUCCAACACUCCUCCAACACAACACUCUUCCAACACUCCUCCAACACAACACUCUUCCAACACUCCUCCAACACUCCUCCAACACUCCUCCAAUACUCUUCCAACACUCCUCCAACACUCUCCAACACAACACUCUUCCAACACUCCUCCAACACUCCUCCAACACUCCUCCAACACUCUUCCAACAGGCAAAUUUUAGCGGUCAGUCCCAACAGUGAGAUGCGCCCCCUGCAGGAGCUGCGUUCUAGCCACGUUCUCUAACAGCAGCCACAAUGCAGAAUGUAACAGGAGAAAAUCCCCCAAACACCAUCUUGCUGCGAUAAAACCAGAUGACCGCACCAGGAACAACUUUGCAUUGCUAUCGAGUGUGUGUGCCAGAAGCUGUCAUUUGUGCCACGUGGCACCUGUACCAGGCUCCCAUACAUGCCAGAACAGCCAGGCACCUAAAUGAUAUAGUAUCUGAUGACGUUACAGGACUGGAGAUGUGGUGGCAUCGGACUUCCAUCACUUCAUGAGUUGUAUACAGUGCCGGACUGCAGUGUACAGAGAUUGUAACACAUCCGUCUGCUGUCAGGGGAGUGUGAGUGAUGUUGUCAGAGUGUAUCCUGAAUGUUUCACAGCUACGUGUGAUUUGUAAAUGAUAGAAA